CUUGCGGCAUGUACACAGCAUACGAGUAGUAGCUACCAAGCUCAACAUACUACUGAGUUAAUCAAUCAUCCCAACGACCUUUGAUCACCAAUCGCCAUUGUUCAUUUCACCCCAAGGUCGGCCACCAUGUCGCCAUCACUGACCCGGCAAUGGAUUUGGCAAAUGAUCACUUCUCCAUGGUUGAUCCUUGCCUUUAUUUUGACCUCUCAAUGGCCCACAUCUUGGUCUUCUCUGGUGAUUUCUGGCUUAUCUGUGUACUACAUGAUCCGUUCUUGGGCCGUUUUGGAGUCGCCCAUCAAAAAUCCCGACCAAUUGAAGGUGGUCAUUGUUGGGGCAGGUGUUGCAGGACUAGGCAUGGCACGCAAAUUCAAAGAAGUGGGCGUGGAGGACUUUAUCCUGCUCGAAAAGAACCCUGAUAUUGGUGGCACAUGGUUCUUGAACAUUUAUCCGGGCGUGGCUUGUGAUAUUUUUUCACAUUUCUACAGUUUUUCAUACUUCCUAAACGCCAAGUGGUCCAAGGCUUACAGUGAAGGCGAGGAGAUUUGGAACUAUUUGAACCGCUUCGUGGAAGAGUUCCAAUUGCGGCCUCAUAUCCAUUUCAAAACCGUUGUGAGCGAAACAAUUUGGCAAGAAGAUGAAAAAAAAUGGUUGGUUCGCACCAAGGAAGGGAAGGAAUACCAAGCGAAUAUAUUCAUUUCGGCCGUAGGAGCCUUGCAUACGCCAUCCAAGCCUCAUUUCAAAAAUCAAGAAGCGUUCCAAAAGCCCAUUUUUCACACGGCGGAAUGGGACAAGUCAGUGGAACUCAGCGGAAAACGAGUGGGUGUGAUUGGAACCGGGGCGUCCGGCGUUCAAGCCGUGGCCAAUAUUGCCGGCAAAGUCAAAGAACUCUACGUGUUUCAAAGAACUGCGUCUUGGGUGCCUGCUCGGAUGAAUUUUGCGCAUUGGGAUUGGAUUAAGAACUGCUUUGUUACCUUCCCGUUUCUUCUCCGGCUCUAUCGAGAUAUAUUGUUCUUGACGAAUGAGGUGAUUUUCCACGGGGUAUUCACAAUAUCCAGUCCAAUUCGACAUCUGGUUGAAAACUUUGUGGCUCGGGGAAUGCGCCAAAAUAUUCGGGAGGAGAACGAGGACGAUGAAGUGCUUCUGAAAACUGCCCUCAUCCCCAAUUAUCCUUUGGGUUGCAAGAGAGUCACUCCCUCGGAUGACUAUAUUCAAACUUUCAACCAGCCUCACGUGCAUUUGAUUCAAGAUCGUAUUGACUGCUUCAACGAGAAUGGAAUUGCCACCUCAAAUGGCAAGAAUAUCGACUUGGAUGUGAUCAUCCUCGCCACCGGAUUCGACGUCCUUCAAAGUAGCAGAGCUUUCCAUGGCAUUGGCAAAGGUGGUCAAAUCCUAUCCGAGGUUUGGGGUGAUUGUCCACGGGCUUACUUGGGCAUUUCCCAUCCCGGAUUUCCAAACUCGUUCAUCCUUUUGGGCCCGGGUACGGGAUUAGGCCAUAGCUCGAUCAUUUUCAUGAUCGAAUGUCAAGUGAAUUACAUCCUCGAUUGCGUAAGGAAGCUACAAUCCAGUGGUCGUAAAUCCAUGACCGUGAAGAAGUCCGUUCAUGACGGCUUUGUGGCCUGGUUGGACAAGAACAUGAAGAACCGCGUCUUUGGAUCUGGUUGUGUGGCUUGGUAUCAGAAUGCUAAGGGCGUUAACUGGACACUUUGGCCCAAGGAUCUCAUCACUUAUUGGUUUCGAACUUACUCCUGCGAUAGGACUGACUAUGAAUUUGAAUGAUUAUGACAGAGCGAUAUUCUAAUAAACAGAUGAUAUAUUUUUA